AUGGGAGGGUGGGUGGGGAAGAAGAAGAGAAAUACCUUAAGAAUCGGUCAUCGCAUAAGAAUCGGUCAGCUACAGUUACAAGAAGAUAUACUCCAAUACUACUAUUGGGAAAACAUCGAAAGCCCCGUCGUGCUCGUCGCCACCUUUGCCGCCGCCAUCUUCAUGUGCGCGUGCCUCGCCUUCAUUUUCGUGUGCAUCAUGGAAUGGUGGCAAUCGCCACGGAUGCGCCUCUUCAGGCUCGGCGGCGUCACCACCCUGAGGCGGAACCUGGACUACCCCUGCACCCUGUGCCAAAACAGCAUGGAGGCCGGCGAGAAGGUCCGCACGCUCUCCUGCAACCACGUGUUCCACUGCGGCGGUAGCGACAAGUGCGAGGGCAUCGACCACUGCCUUCGCACUGGACCGGUGGAGCCCUGUCCGACCUGUGACCGGGUUCCUCAUCCCGUGCCGUGGAAGCGGACACCGCCACCGUCGCCACUACCUAUACCUUCGCAGGGAGCAUCGGCUGCAGCGCUACCACGUUUGCGGCUCAUCCCGUUGUCGACGCGGGAUUUGGACGAGGCGCUGCUGCGUUGGGAGCACAACCAGAAACGAGCGGAAGCGUCGUCAUCAGCAUCGCUGCAUCGGCGCCACCCGCGGACAUCGACGUCGGACAAGGAGGAGGUGUUGCCGCUUCCCGCGGACGACGAGAUACUACCUGAGGCGCCGUCAUCGCAGUAGACACGCGUGCGUGAUCAAGCCUGGAUGGGACGGUGUUGACACAGCACGUCCUGUGUGCGGCGAUCUCGAACUGGGUCAGUUCGGGGAGAUGUUCUUCUAGGAUUCUUUCGUCAUUUUGUUUUCUGCUUCGUUGAAACUGAUCGAGGGUAGUGCGUCUUUCUGAUGGUCAGAGACUUUGUUUCCGCUUUUGCUUCCUUCGAACUCAUCGAGCUUAGCUGCGUUCCUGCUCUUUUGUUAGGACUUCAGAGUUGAGUCCACGCCUUAAAGAACCAAAUGUCUGAAUGCCAAGGAACGAUGACUUGUUAGUUCUUACAUCAGCUAUAAUGUUCCGACAAAAGCAUGAAUAGAUGCUUGGUUUUCAUUGCUCUUAUACUCUGUCUCCAUGUGAGAAUGAUUUCAGUAUGAACUGUUGGCAGCAUGGUUUGC